AUGGCUGCUAGAACAGUUGCUGCGGUUGCCAUGCUGGCUGCGGUGUGUCAGGCCAUGACUAUCACUCCUCAUCUGGACCCCCAAUGUAAAAAUGCCACCUCAUUCACUUGGGGAUUUUCCGAAGAUUCGAGAUGGACAGAUGAAGCAGUGGAGCCGAAGGGUAUCAGCGAGAAGCUGUCCAAUGUCGCCUGGUAUGGUAACGUCGAAUUUCCGGAGGAAGCCGCCGGAGAAGGGAGCGGCGCAUAUGAUGUCUGGUGGCGUGUUCAGGACCUUGACCCUGGAUGCCGCUUCGCGUUGAUCAACCUCUAUACGCAGAAGAAUUACGGCAUGGUUCCUGGGGUAGAAAUGCCCGGAAACCAAAUCCUCAACGUCGGCGCUCCAGGAUGUUUCUACAGUUCUCUUCCGGCCCUGCAAGAUAUCGGUGCUACAUUCUGCUGCGGACAAGGCGAUUGUGGAUCAAUGAACUUGGGCAAUUCUGCCCUCACGAAGCGUGAGGAGGAGCAGGUCCAGCCCCCGACGGAAAAGCGUGAUGCGAGGAGAAAGCACGCCAAGGGCGAGCAGCGCGCUGCUUUGAAGGCUGCGCUUGAGCGCCGCGAAGACGAAGACUGGGAUGGCUCGGGCUGCAAAGCCGUGGAUACUUGGGGACCUUCCAUUGAAGCUGGCAAGCAGACUAUCAUCGGAUCGACCCAGUACUGCGGUAGCAACGACGCGUGCUCAUUCCCCAUCAGCGGUAGUAUCUCGUCCGGAACCACGCUCAGCAGCUCUUCCAGCCAAACCAUAACCAACGGAAUGGACGUCAGCGUUGGUGUUUCUGUCGGUAGCGAUUUCAUCGUCAAGAGUGAAGUGUCCACUACCAUGGGAUACAACUUUGCUGAGUCGAUCGCCACGGAAAACGGAGUGAGCGUGGAUGAAUCCAAGACCUUCACCGUUGGCAACACGCUCACUCAGAAACCGGGUACUCGUGCCUUCCUCACCUUCACUCCCACUUAUAAGUGUUUCGAGGCCAGCCUGGACUGCGGAGGCCCCACAUCCGAACCGCUUUGGCUGUGCAACCCCGAGACAACGGGCGAAGACUCAAUUCAGGGAGACUACAUGGUUGUCUAUACCAACUAG